AUGGCCAUGGGUCGUCGCCGUAGAGGCUCCGUGUCCCCCGGAACGCGGACGCCACCCUCGCCGUCCGUCGACGUCCCUCCGCCGUCCUCGACCGUCACGCCGACGUCCAAGUCGGGUGCCCUGCUCCCCCCUGCCAUCGUGACGCCAAAGGGGCGGCCUGCCAACAUCGUCACCUCCAUCGACGGGCAUGACCGUCCCAAUGGCGCGGCAAGGGGGCACGAGACGACGCCCGAGACGACGCCCGGUACGGCAGAUGGUGGCCCGCCGGAUGGUGGCCAGCCACGAGAGGCCCAGGUGGCCAAGUCUGGUGGUGCGACGCCGCACGACAAUGUGCUCGUUUCCCCCACCUCGGAUCCUGGCAUGCCGGAAUCGCUCGCCAUGGUCGGUAGGAGGAACGUUCAGUUCGCGAGCCCGAGCGCUCUCGAGGAGCCCAUCCCCGCCUCCUCGUCCCACCACGCCCGCCGCGGCUCUUGGGGCGGGCCCGAAACCCCCGGAAAGUCGCGCGGCGCCUCCUUCAUGUCCAAGAUCAAGGCCUUGGCGAGCCCGCCGCAUCAGCAGUCGUUCCCUUCUCCCGACUCCCCCCCCCUGCCCCUCGACGGCGGCGCCCAGUCUCUCGCGAGCUCGCCCUCGGCGCCGCGCACGGCGUCCCGUGUGCCCGACACUCUGGUCGAGGAGCAUUCCGACGCCGACGCCGACGUCGAGGAGACGGCAGACGAGGCCAACAUUCCCGACCAGGCCGCGGCGGCGAGGAGGAACAGGAUGAAGCGGAAGAUGAAGCGCUUCCGCAAGGGUCCGCCCCCGACACCUUCGACGCCGCCUCCGCCCUCGGCCGACGUCGACGCUCCCGGAACCCACCAUCGCCUGCUACGCCGCCGCGCGAGCAUGCCUGACACCUCGGCCGCCCACGACCAGGUCGUCGUGUCGGACGGCGACGCGCGCCCGCGCCCGAGGCGAGGCCCUUUCCGCCGGGGCCACUCGUACGCCGGCUCCCUCUCGCGGCCUCCCGGCGAGGACCCCGACGACAUGGACGACGCCCACGGCUUCGGCCACCGCUCCGGACACCUGCGCCGCAUCUCCGUCUUCGGCGGCGGCGGCAUCUCCGACGGCGACGCCGUCACCUCGCGCCGCGCCUUCUUCAAGUCGGAGCGGGCCUCCAACUUUGGCGCCCAGAAAUGGAAGCGCGUGAAGAGCACGCUGAAGCUGCUCCGGCAGAAGAAGGAGGACAGGUUCGACUACUACAAGUCGGCCGAGCUCAUGGCCGAGCUGCGCGCCGGCGCCCCCGCCGUCCUCAUGUUCGCCAGCAUGAUCCAGCGCGACGAGCACGGCAACAAGCGCAUCCCCGUCCUCCUCGAGCAGCUGAAGCUGCGCAUCCAGGACAGCGCCCCCAUGCCCGACGACGACAAGGAUCGCCACUGGAUCUUCACCAUGGAGCUCGAGUACGGCAGCGGCCCGAGCCGCAUGAGCUGGACCGUCACCCGCACCAUCCGCGACAUCUACAACCUCCACUUCCGCUACAGGUUCGCCCUCGGCAACGAAAAGUACAUGCCCGGCCGCCUCGACCUCGGCGCCCGCCCCAAGCAGCCCAAGUUUCCCUACUCGGCCUUUCCCUACCUCCGCCAGGCCCGCGACAAGGGCGAGUCGAGCGAGGAGGACGACGGGAUCGCGAGCGUCCGCGCCGACGACACGGCCGCCGAGGCCACCGACGACGGCCAGACGCCCUCGCGCCGCCGGAAAUCCCGCGCCACCCUCUGGGGCAUGCGUCGCCGCUCCACCGGCUUCACCGACCCCGGCGAGGGCUCCAACGCCGAGGGCGCCCAGGCCGUCCUCGACCUCAUCGCCCGCCGCCAGCGAUACGUCGAGAAGCAGAGGCGCACGCUCGAAAAGUACCUGUCCGAGAUGAUCCGCUGGCUCAUGUUCCGCGCCGACAGCAACCGCCUCUGCCGCUUCCUCGAGCUGUCGGCCCUCGGCGUCCGCCUCGCCGCCGAGGGCAGCUAUCACGGCAAGGAGGGCUACCUGCACAUCCAGUCCUCCAAGGGCCUCGACUUCCGCCGCGUCCUGACGCCCGCCAAGGUCAUCGCCCGCCACAGCCGCAAGUGGUUCCUCGUCCGCCAGAGCUACGUCGUCUGCGUCGAGUCGCCCGAGAACAUGAACAUCUACGACGUCUACCUCGUCGACGCCCAGUUCAGCCUCACCUCGAAGCGGAAUCCGCUCAAGCAGAUGGGCGGCUCCGGCAAGCAGGCCGACAUCGACCUCGCCGCCGAGGCGCCCACGGGCAUGCAUCACACCCUCACCCUCAACACGUCGGAGCGCAAGGUCCGCCUCUUCUCGCGCUACCAGGCCGUGACGAAGCAGUUCGAGGAGUCCAUCAACGCCAUGCUGCGCCAGACCUCCUGGCACGAGCCGAAGCGCUACGACAGCUUCGCCCCCGUCCGCGACAACGUCUUCGCCCAGUGGCUCGUCGACGGUCGGGACUACAUGUGGAACGUCUCCCGCGCCAUCAACAUGGCCAAGGACGUCAUCUACAUCCACGACUGGUGGCUCAGCCCCGAGCUGUACAUGAGACGACCGGCCGCCAUCAGCCAGAAGUGGAGGCUCGAUCGCCUGCUCCAGAAGAAGGCCCAGGAGGGCGUCAAGAUCUUUGUCAUCAUCUACCGCAACGUCGAGGCCGCCAUCCCCAUCGACUCCGAGUACACCAAGUUCUCGCUCCUCAACCUGCACGAGAACAUCUUCAUCCAGCGGUCGCCGAACCAGUUCAAGAAGAACCAGUUCUUCUUCGCCCACCACGAGAAGAUCUGCAUCGUCGAUCACGACGUGGCCUUUGUCGGCGGCAUGGACCUCUGCUUCGGUCGCUGGGACGCCCCCCAGCACCCCAUCGUCGACGACAAGCCGACGGGCUUCGAGACCUCCGAGGGCCCGAGGGACGCCGAGCACUGCCAGCUCUUCCCCGGCAAGGACUACUCCAACCCGCGCGUCCAGGAUUUCUUCCGCCUCAACGAGCCCUACGAGGAGAUGUACGAUCGGAGCAAGGUCCCGCGGAUGCCGUGGCACGACGUGUCCAUGCAGGUCGUCGGCCAGCCCGCGAGGGACAUGACGCGCCAUUUCGUCCAGCGCUGGAACUAUCUUCGCCGCGGACGGAAGCCGACGCGCCCCCUGCCCUUCCUGCUGCCGCCUCCCGACGCCCGGCUCGACGAGCUCGAGGCCCUCGGCCUCACGGGCACCUGCGAGGUGCAGAUCCUGCGCUCCGCGACGACGUGGUCCCUGGGCACCAACGGCACCGAGCACAGCAUCCAGAACGCCUACGUCCAGAUGAUCGAGGAGUCGGAGCAUUUCGUCUACAUGGAGAACCAGUUCUUCAUCACGAGCACCGAGGCCUACAACACCAAGAUCGUCAACCGCAUCGGCGAUGCCCUCGUCGACCGCAUCAUCCGCGCUCACGAGAACAACGAGGACUGGCGCUGCGUCAUCGUCAUCCCCCUCAUGCCGGGCUUCCAGAACACCGUCGACGAGCAGGAGGGCACCAGUGUCCGGCUCAUCGUCAUGUGCCAGUACAAGAGCAUAUGCCGGGGCGAGCAGUCCAUCUUUGGACGUCUCCGCGCCGCCGGCAUCGAGCCCGAAGACUACAUUGCGUUCUACUCGCUGCGCCAGUGGGGCAAGAUGAGCAACGACACGCUCGUGACCGAGCAGCUGUACAUCCACGCCAAGGCCAUCGUCGUCGACGAUCGAGUGGCCCUCAUCGGAUCGGCCAACAUCAACGAACGAUCCAUGCUGGGCACCCGAGACUCGGAGUGCGCCGCCAUCGUGCGGGACACGGACAUGAUCGACUCGACCAUGGCCGGCAAGCCGUACCAAGUCGGUCGCUUCGCCCACACCCUUCGGCUGCGUCUGAUGCGCGAGCAUCUCGGCUUGGAUGUCGACGCCAUUCAGGAAGAGGAGCGCGAAAAGGAAUUGGACCGCGAGACGUUUGAGCAGGAGCUGGACGACAUUUACCACCAGGACGUGGCUUCGGCCGCGGGCUCCUCGUCCGGCCGUCACGAGAGGCACGAAAAGGCCAAGAGGACUCGCCGAUCACGCCUGCUCAGCAUCAACCAUGACGUAGACUUGGAAUUGUCACGCUCCAUCUCCGAGGAGAGGAGGGAAUCCCUCCACGAGGCCGACAUGGAUGAUCGAGUGAGCGCUCCGUCGCAUCAGCUGGACUUGUCGGGCUACGGUCCGGACCAUUGGAAGGCGGCCGAGACGUACGGCGUCGACUCGGGGCGCGACUCGGUCAUAGUGAACGGGCACGAAGUUCUCGUCCACGACGCGGAUGCCGAGGGCAAGGGGACCUUGGACUCCCCUACCGUGCAUCACAAGCCGACGGCCAACCCGGACAACCGAUACCUCGAGGCCAACGGUGGAGAGGACAGGAUGCCAGUCAUGCCUCCGUUGAAUCGAAGGACGACGGAAGAUCUCGGCCUGCCUCGACCCGCUCAGCUCCCGCCGUUGCCCGUCGGGGACGACACGGCCAUCGGCGGCCCUCCCGUUCGCAUCGACCCGGCCUCGGGCCGUCCGACAGUUUGGGCUCCUCACCCCAUGGCGGCGGAUAUCAAACCAGCCGCGAUCACGAAGGAUUGCAUGCGCGACCCCAUCGAUCCCGGCUUCAUGGACGAAAUUUGGAACCGCGUGGCGAGCAACAACACGAAACUCUACCGUCGGGUGUUUCGUUGCAUGCCCGACUCCGAGGUGCGCACGUGGAACGAGUACCGCGAGUACACCGAGUACGGCGAAAGGUUCCGCGCGAGCAUGGAGGGCAAGAAUGCGGCCGGGCAGUCGGCAUUGAAGACCGACCCGGGUUCUACGCUGAAAUCUGCCGUCGCAGGGGCUGGCAUCGGCGCGCCGGGACCCGAAGCGAUUGUGAAGGCGGCGCAGAACGGCGCCGAGAAGGCCGCGGAACCGGUCGAGAAAUUGCUGCUUCCUCUUCACGACCCCGAAAAGGUCGAAGCGGUCGUGGCCGAAGUCCAGGAGGCGGGCGAUGGCGAGACGGUGGUGGACGUGGAAGCUCCCGUCAAGAAUGGAGCGUCUCGAACCCCUUCGCCGCCUGAUGCGGCGACUCCUCCGGCAGCACCUCCGGGAGUCUCUCAGAACAACGUCCCCUUCCCUGCACUGGAAAACUCCACGUCCAAGCCCCUCGAUCGCCAGACGACCAAGAGCACGGAUCGCAAGACGACCUUUUCCUCGCCCGAGAAGACGACGUCGAAGGAGAGCAAGGACACCAAUGGCGCUUCAGGCCAGACCGACACUGCCAAGCGCCGUCGUCGCGGCGCGACCAAGGGGAGCAGGCGCGGCUUCACCUUGGAGGACAUGCCAUCCCGCGCAGAUGCCGACGAGCUCAUGAACAUGACGCAAGGCAGCCUCGUUCUGUUUCCGUAUGACUGGCUCAUCACCGAGGACACAAACGGCAACUGGGGCUAUCAGGUCGACGGUGUUGCGCCGCUGGCCAUCUAG